GCGCUGGAUGUGGACCGUAGUGUGCUGUACAAGAUGAAGAAGUCAGUCAAGGCCAUCUACACCUCGGGUCUGGGUGAGUCAGAAAGGUUAACACUCAUUUACAGUCACAACACCAUACCGCUCCCAUCUGAUGAAAGGUCAUAGGUCAGAGUUCAGAGCCACCUGUGACGGUCAUCACAGAAACUCAAUAAGCUAGUCCAUGUACCUGCUCAGGCUGUGUGUGGGCCAGGGUAUGACAGGGUUUAGGGUCCGGGUGUUUUAGGGUCAGAUGAGGGGAGAGGAUGGCCUCUGUUUGAAGAUUUAUGGCCCUGCCUUCAAACUCCAUAUGUUCUCCAAACACAGGGUAUGAACAGCAUCGCUGACUACCUCUGUCAAUGCUUGUCAAUAGGCUAGGGUUUACACUGAGGAAUCCAUAUGUACUGGAAGAUGGCCACUGGUAGACUGGCUUCAUUAGUGUGUGCUUGUUUUGGGUGGGUUGCAUGUGUACGUGCGUGUGUUUGUGUGUGCAUGGAGCUCAUCAUCAUGCUCACUCUGGCUGGCUGUGACAGUGUGGGGUGUUUCCAGCGCCUUGUGUUUGGGCUGUAUGACAGGGUCCUGCUGAGAGCGUAUGGAAUGCUUUUCUCUAUCUGUGCUGAGCUGGGCUUUUUUGGGAACACUGCUACCUCUGUUCAAGGGGGGACAGCUGUCUACCCCAGACCCUCGAGGAACAGCUGUACCAGGGCACACCCUUUGUGUGAGUGCUUGUGAGUGUACGGGGGAAAGAGGGUGACAGUGUUCCGCUCUGCCCCACUACACUGUGUUCUAAUGGAGUUCCCAGCACUCACUCCCAUCUCCUUCCUCUCUUCCUGGUAUCCUGAAAUAGUGCCUUUGUGUCACUAAACAACAUUGCAGAUGUGUUUUUAUGUGUGUGUAUAUGUGUGGAUGGCUCUGGUAGGCGUUUUGACUCUUUUACCAGUUGGUUACUAGGCAACAUCUGCAUAAUUUGCUGUGGUAUCACCCUCAAUAGAAUUCAUGGUGUUGGCUGAAUCCUCUCAAAAACAAGUGGCUUAAAUUCUUUAAAACCACAUUAAGCUUUUAAGCACUUUCGGUAAGAGGCUUUAUGGACCUCUUAACACUGACAAUCUUAAUUGUUUCUUGGACAACAGAAACUCCAGGGGUUCCAUCCGUAUGCUUUAGGUAAUUAUCUGUAUUUCAGUACAGAAAACACACUAUAGAUUCAUCUUGUUUCUGACAUUAUUUUUGCUGACAUAAAGGGAAGUUAGAGAUUCAAAUUUAAUGUAAAUUUGAUGGCUUUGCUAGCCACUGAGCGUGAGCGUACAAUGAGCGUGUAAACGCAGCUAGCAGCUUGUGAUUGUAACCUAGCCUACAAUUCCCCUAAGGUGGCAGUACAAGCCAUUGCUCAUUUGAGAAACGUAAUAACUGCGUAGAUGUUCAGUACAGUAAAAUCAGUGCAUAACAGGAAGGUUUCGAUAACAUUUUUUUAAAAAGGUGCAGUGAAAUGUUUUACAGUGUCGGCCAUAGUAGUGCGGCGCCCCUUGAGUAAAUUAGGGUUAAGUGCCUUGCUCAAGGGCACAUCGACAGAUUUUUUCACCUUGUCGGCUCGGGUAUUUGAAUCAGCAAUCUUUAGGUCACUUGCCCAAUGCUCUAACUGCUAGGCUACCUGAUUUGAGUGGCGUUGGAGGCCAGCAGUAAAUCUGAGGCCUGGUGACGUGAGAGAUUAAUCUUUCCUGAAGGCUUUAGUCUGUGAUCCUCACAGAUAAACCUCGACUACUGGUUAACCUCAGGCCUCAGAAAACUACAUAGUCAAGACAUCAGCACCCAGGUUUAUUACACCCCUGUCAGCUCUGCUCAGCUGUCAGAUGUGUUACAGCUAUAUUAGAUACCUGUAGGUAAUAUUAGUUAGUGUUGUUCGUAUUCAGUAACUCUGGACUUAUUGUCAAUACAACCUUUCAAGUAGUCUUGUUAAUUUCACGAGGCAGAAAUGUUAAGAAUGCUGUAGAAAAAUCCAAGUAGUUGUACUGCUCUGGUCAUUGAUGUAAAGAGACUAUUGUGAAGUAAGAGAUGUUCCGAAGUCGUCGCUCACAUUAGAUUUGAAUCUGUCCUUGACAUUCCACUAUUGGUGUUCUUUCAUGUUGUGGUUUGCCCCUUGUCAUUCAUCUAGAUGGACCCUUUCUGAAUGUACCCUCAGUCAGAAGAAGAGCAGAGGUUGAUUACAAACGAGGAGAACAUUUGGUGACCAACCAGUCUUCCUGAGAAUUAAUGCUGUGAAUGAAGACUAUUUUGCUUUAGCAGAGGUGUGGGAGCUUACAUUUACUGGCCCUUCUGUGCAGAGACUUUGUCAGUUCCAAUAUGAACAGUGAAAGCUUGUGUUGCCGGGCUUGUUAGCAUUAGUGCUAAAGUUGGUUCCAAUGCUAGCUAUCAUAUUUAGCGCUUGUGUCAGGCUCUGCAUAGAACAGAAGGUACCCUUAGGCAUAGAACCUAACCCAGAACCUAACCCAGUCCCUCCAGGAUUCUGCGCUCACAUAUGCUUUUGUAAUAUCAACAAUUCCCUGCAUAUUAUGCAAGGGCUUGCAAAUUUGACCAAUCACUGCACUUUUUACGAAUUAAAAACAGUCAUAUCAUUGCAAUAUUUUAGCGUAGAAACGGACCCACCACUGCAAUACAAAAAGAGGGCUCGCAAUUUCAACCAAUCACUGCACAAUAUGGUUCAAUCAAGCCACACGUCGACAAACCUUUUCCCUCGUCAGCGCAUUUUCACCACAAAUUGGACAAAAUCAUUGCAAAUGGCAGAAUUGCUGCAGCAAAAUCAAGGAUCUUUGCCUGCAAAUAUCACAGAAAAUCCCUGUGAAAUCCUGGAGGGAUUGCUAAACUUGACCAUUAAGAAGAAUGUAAAUGUAAGACAUUUUAACAGCUCGACAUCAUUGUCAGUGAGAUUCUGUGUUGGUAUUGACCAGUCAGGAGGUCUAUGCAACUUUGAGUCUGUGCUGCUUGGUAUUCUAAUGUGGGCUAGAGGCACUGAACUGAACCUAUACAUCUCUCCCAAGUUCCCUUCCCUACCCACAAUCUUAGUCAGUUACCUGGGCCUCACUCUCCUUUGGUGAAAUAUUCAUCCCUGACAGUUGGUCCGAAUGGGGAGAAGUCUCUCUUUGCUCUGUAGAUUUUUUUUAAUCUGUGUUGCUGCCUGCCCUCCAUAGCUUUGACAACCACGACCUUCACAUGCCCAGGUUUGUAAUGUUAUUCCCUCCAGCAAUACCGACAAGCUGUUUUAUCUCAGUCUCCCUCUGCCUCUCCAUCUCUUCCUCCCUCCUUUCUCACACUCAGGUAAAAAGGCACGUUUUUGAGAAGAUGUGAAGCUAGCUAUGUUGUCGAAUGGACAAGAAUCGUUUUCUCGGAAAGCAGCAUCCAAGAGAUUCUCACCUUGUUACAGUUGAUCUGAGCAGCCUCUCUUGCCUGUCUUGAACAGUCAGGCAUUUAGUCAAUCAGGCACGCAGGCAGUCAGUCACAGUGACUGAGAAGAUGAUAUGUAUCUCCCUCACCACGGACAAAGCACCAUCCUCCUGGAGGACAGGGACCCAGCGGAUAGCCCGGUCAGACUGACAGAACUGGAGCAGAGCUUCCCCUUGCCACGCCACAUGGCUCCCUGGUGCCGCCUAUCAGUCUGCCCAUCACUGGGCCUGCAGAGCUGUUUUUCAUCUGGGUGGUUUAUUUUCAGACACAGCUGUUGGUCUAGCUGAUGGUGUUUGCUGUAUGCACUGCUGUGCCACUGGGUUAGAUCUGUUUUUCUGGGUAAACUUUGUCACGAUGAGCCCAUGGCUCCAUAGGCAGGCAUCACACCCAUGAUAAUGAGUACACAUCUACUUAGUACUCGCUUGCAUACACACAUGUUGUAAACUGUGAUGAAUAUACCAUACAUUAUACUGGAAGCACACACUCACAUACUGUAGAUACAGACACACAUGAAUUAAUUUGUCAUUCCCCGUGCAGUCUCGCCUUUUUCCAUCACAAGCCACACACACACUUUAUCGCCAAGCUUCUAGGUAACGGAGUGAAUUAGGUUUCCAUAAUGUAACUACACUGUGGAUAGAUGUGUCUGUGCCUUAACUGCAGGUAGAGGCCACUGAGAGCCACAGAAACCGCAGGACAGCCAUAACACACACACACACACACACACACAUUUUACUCCUCUGGCCUCUCUCACUGAGCUCUCCCCUAACGACGACCCCUCUCUCCUCCAAUUGGUUGUCCUCUGGGUAAACCUUAACGGCCAUAUUGUGAAAAGGGUGUUAAGUCCAGCAGUAUUUAUUCAGCCUCCAUGGAGAGUGGCCCUAAGCUGGAAAUCGAUAGGGAUGUGGACAUGGAGUUUGUCAGUGCUGAAACCUCCAGCAAAGUAAGCUUGUGAUUGACCCCCCCUAGAGUGUGUGUGUGGUGUGAGAGUUUGGGUUGAGGAAACAGAAGCUAGGCUACUAUCUGUUGAUUAAACAGAGAUCUGUCUGGGGAAGCAGACAAUGCUGGCGUAACAACACCCCCACCACUCUCUGUGCUGUUAGAUAAUCCACAGCAGGGGCGUGUGUGUAUGCAUGUCUGUGUGUGUGUAUUACGUUUGUUGUUGCAGAUCUACAGUUGGUUUGUUCUGUGUGUCUUUGUAUCCAUUAAGUUGUCAAAGAACUGUGUGUCUGCCCGUGUGUUGAUUGUCAAAGAGCUUUCUAUGGGUGAAUUUGUCACCUCUCCUUUCCUGAGGGCCUGCCACAGACAGGAACCCAAGUCAUUCCAUCGACUCAUCCACAACAGCAGAACACAGCCCUCCAUGUCAUGUUAUCACUGACUAUCCCUGGCUGAGACGGAAAGAGACGAGACAGUGUAGGAAUGCAAUGGAGGGUGGUGUAUACUAGUGUAUUUACUAUUUACACCCUCACAGACACACAGUACCCUGACGUGUCUAACGGCUGGGGUUGCAUAACAGUAAACAGGAGACUAACCCUGUGGGCUUUACACCGGGUGUGUUCUGUCAUGGGUUGAUAGUUAAGGCACUGAGAGACCCUGAACUCAGGUGCCACUUCAAAACAAAAGCCCAGGCAGGGCCCGCUGGCGACACACAGGCCAGGGCAACCCACAACAAAGCAGUUGGGUUUGCUGCCUAAACAGUCUGCGUGUGUUUGAACGCGUGUUGUACCGUUAGACACCUAUGGCCAGAGGUGAGCAAGGGCAAAUAUAACAGCAACCCAAAAGGAGUUCAUCGGUAGGUCCCAUUUAGGUAACUUGACUAGAGCUUUAUGGGUUCUCUAAAAGCAGGAAAAAUGUCCUUCAGUAGACAUUUUGUCUUUGGGAAUAAGGUUUAAAAGCCUUUAAAAAGGACUUUCAACUCGCCCGUUAAAUCUAUGCCUAUGAGCUCAGAGGACUCCGAACGCAGUGCUUGUCGUUCAUGUUUAACAUUGCAGUUGGAUUUUUAUGAUAUGCUGGUUCUAGACAUGAUUCAUCCACCUUGAUCUUAUUGCACGACCAUAAGAGUUGCUUGUAGUUUUUCAAUUUCACGUGUGAACACGUUAAAAGUUGCUCGUUUGUGUGUGGCAGUCUGUCUGGACAGAUGCUGUGCGAUAAUGUGUUCCGCUGAGUCAUUCUCUGGGGGCAGAUGCCUUGGGGUGUCGAUACUCACACUCCUCCUCCACACCGCUCUCUCAUCUCUCUCUCAUCUCUCUCUCAUCUCUCUCUCUCUCUCUGUCUCUCUCUGUCUCUGUCUGUCUCUGUCUGUCUGUCUGUCUGUCUGUCUCCUUUACUGUAUCUCGUUCCACCUCAAAAAGCACAGGAAAGAGGAUGUGUGCCACAAAUGCUACAGUGGCCAAGUAAACAAAACCAAAGCAUAGGUUGCUGUCGUACCUUUUCCAUAGACUGCUUACAGGGUAUGGAAACCAAUAUGUAAUUUGGGUGAACUUUCCCUUUAACAAAUCACCUAAUAGUAGGAACAGCACCGUCUAGUGGUCAGAACCUGGUAAUAUGAGGAUGUAGGAUGGGACAUAAACCUAAACAACUUUAAUGACUACUUUCUCUGAACAGAAAAAAUAUUUUUUUACUGAGAAAACAUUACAUAGGAUGAAGAAAAAAUACUCAGAGCCGCAGCUCCAUACUACUUGUCAAAAAUAUUAUCUCUCUCAAUUCAAUUCAAAGGGCUUUAUUGGCAUGGGAAACAUGUUUACAUUGCCAAAGCAAGUGAAAUAGACAAGAAACAAAAGGGGAAUAAAAAAUGAACAGUAAACAUUAACACAUCUCGCUUUUUUCUCUCUCUCUCUGUGUUUUCGAGGGGAAGUCUCUGGAUCGUCAUGGCAACGCUCCCUGCACCGAACCAGUGCCUCAAAUCCCAGUGUUCCUCUCCACCUCUGGUUUAUUAGCUGUUAGCAGCACUAAAUGAAGUGUGGCUCAGAGGCUAGGUGACAUCUGUCAGGCCUGCUUUAUGGACUUCCCUUUUGUUGCUUGAGUUGGUGCUGCUGGGUUUGAUUAGUUGAAUUGCCCACUUCCUGUUCCUCUUAGGUUUGACUCUCCUUUUUAAUGAAAUACCACACCCAUAUGUAUUAGCUUUAGCCUUAGUUUUAGAAUCAACCUAACUUUAACAUGUACAUUUUAGUCAUUUAGCUAGCACAUUUGGUUCCUUUGAAGUUGUGGGAACGUACGUUUUUGUUUUCCAAUUGCUUCUGGGAACGAAGCCAUAAUUUAUUUUUUUAACAUUCUGAGAACGGAAGUGAAGAUUUUUCGUGAUAUCCAAUUGGUAGUUACGGUCUUGUCCCAUCGCUGCAACUCCCGUACGGACUCGGGAGAGGCGAAGGUCGAGAGCCAUGCGUCCUCCGAAACACGAGCCUGCCAAGCCGCACUGCUUCUUGACACACUGCUCGCUUACCCCGGAAGCCAGCCGCACCAAUGUGUCGAAGGAAACACCGUACAACUGGCGACUGAAGUCAGCGUGUAUGCGCCCGGCCCGCCGCAAGGAGUCGCUAGAGCGCGAUGGGACUAGGACAUCCCUGCUGGCCAAACCCCCCCCCCCCCCCCAGUAUGACUCUGCUGAUUAGCUACUUUAUUGAUGAAAAUAUACUUACUAUGCCAGUGAUAUGUGGUUGUCCCACCUAUCUUAAGAUGAAUGCACUAACUGUAAGUCGCUCUGGAUAAGAGCGUCUGCUAAAUUACUAAAAUGUGAAUGUAAAAAUUAACUGGAAUUCCCACAGAAGAACGUUGUUUCUUAACGUUCUCUGAACAAUUUGAGAACAUUACUUUAAAUAGAAACAUGAGGGAACCUGUAGAAGACGUUAUGGGAAGGUUGUAUGCAAAAUGACCAUAGGACAAACACGCUCUUACCAAGCUCUUAAGAUACAUUUGGUUCUCAGAACGUUAUGUGCUAGCUGGGUUACAAUCAGGAAGUGCAUACUGUAACCAGUGACACUGGCAGUUUUAGCUAUCGACUCCUACAGUCUAAUGAAUGGCAUCGUUCAUGAGUAAUUCCUCUUUCUUUCAUCUCAUUGUAGGAGAGAGUUUGUGAUACCCCGUCUGCACAAUUGAACCCAGACAGUGUAACCACAGUUCCCUUUGACUGUCUGUCUCUCUUCCUCUUUCAAGGCCUUAGUUUUUCUCAUCCCCGCCACAUGGCCACUGCUCUGGAGUCACUCCAGUGUGACAACACAGGCUGUGUCCCAAAUGGGACCCUGUUCCUUAUAUAGUGCACUACUUUUGACCCAUCCCCAUUUGGGAUGCAGACACUGUCUUCUCCAACGCUCUCUCUCUUCCUGUCCCAUUGUGUCCUUGAUUCCCAAAGACAAUGCCAGAGAGAUGGGGGGGAUAUCGGAGUGAAUGGAAUUCCACACACACUGCACUGUGCACUCUAAACAAGGCCCCUAUUUAUUAUUCAUUGGAAGGGAUUGAUUUUUGCCAUGUAAGGAUCAGAAAAGGUGUGCGUGUGCACUUGCACAUGUUAUCCUGCUGAGAUGGCCCGUGUGUAUGUCCAUACCUGAAGGACAGGCUGGCAGACUGAUUGUUAAAUUGCACACUGGCAUUGUGCUGCCGUAUUCAUCCCUUCUUCUCUCUCUCUCUCUCUCUCUCCUCUCCUUCCAGCCCAUGUGGAGAACGAGGAGCAGUACACCCAGGCUCUGGAGAAGUUUGGGGAGAACUGUGUCUACAGGGAUGACCCCGACCUGGGCUCUGCCUUCCUCAAGUUCUCGGUCUUCACCAAGGAGCUCACUGCCCUCUUCAAAAACCUGGUGAGAGGAAAAACCGAGAUUAACCCAUACCUGGCAACCCAUGUGGUCAGUUCUUGAGGCAACACAGAUUAAAUCACCAGUGAAUCAGCUCUCUGUGUAAAUUGACAUUGUUCCUGUGGUGAGGCAAAAUCCUCUAGAAUGACUGUCAGGUGUUUCUAAUAAAGCUUUGGGGUUGUUUGAAUCUAUUGGAUUCAAAGCAGGGUCUCGGUAAAUUGGAUCCAGCAGGUAUUUGGUCUUCAAGUAGCACUUUGGACACUGUGAUGGAAAACUGAUCUACCCCAAAGGCCUCCGAUUCCAGAUAACAUUCUGACCCUAGAGUAUAUGCACACAAUUAGAGCAGGAUGGAAAUCUCUCCAUGUCCCUAGGGUAGGAAUUCCACACGCACACAUAUGCCUUUAAUUCCACAGUAGAUACAGUAUUUUCAGAAAGUACACUACAUGACCAAAUGUAUGUGGACACCUGCUCAUCGAAUAUCUUAUUCCAAAAGCAUGGGCAUUAAAAUGGAGUUGGUCUCCCCUUUGCUGCUAUAACAGCCUCCACUCUUCUGGGAAGGCUUUCCACUAGAUGUUGGAACAUUGCUGCAGGGACUUGCUUCCAUUCAGCCACGAGCAUUAGUGAGGUUGGGCAUGGUUGGACGAUUAGGCCUGACUCGCAGUCGGCGUUCCAAUUCAUCCCAAAGGUGUUCGAUGGGGUUGAGGUCAGGGCUCUGUGCAGGCCGGUCAAGUUCUUCUACACCAAUCUCGACAAACCAUUUCUGUAUGGACCUCGUUUUGUGCACCGGGGCAUUGUCAUGCUGAAACAGGGAAGGGCCUUCCCCAAACUGUUGCCACAAAGUUGGAAGCACAGAAUCGUCUAGAAUGUCAUUGUAUGCUGUUGCGUUAAGAUUUCCCUUCACUGGAACUAAGAGGCCUGAACUAUGAAAAACAGCCCCAGACCAUUAUUCCUCCUCCACCAAACUUGACAAUUGGCACUAUGCAUUGGGGCAGGUAGCGUUCUCCUGGCAUCCGCCAAACCCAGAUUUGUCCGUCGGACUGCCAGAUGGUGAAGCGUGAUUCAACACUCCAGAGAAUGCGUUUCCACUGCUCCAGAGUCCAAUGGCGGCGUGCUUUAAACUACUCCAGCCGACCCUUGACAUUGCGCAUGGUGAUCUUAGGCUCGUGUGCGGCUACUCGGCCAUGGAAACCCAUUUCAUUAAGCUCCCGACGAACAGUUAUUGUGCUGACAUUGCUUCCAGAGGCAGUUUGAAACUCGGUAGUGAGUGUUGCAACCGAGGAAUGACGAUUUUUACGCACUUCAGCACUCGGUAGUCCCUUUCUGUGAGCUUGUGUGGCCUACCACUUCGCGGCUGAGCCAUUGUUGCUCCUAGACGUUUCCACUUCACAAUAACAGCACUUACAGUUGACCGGGGCAGGUCUAGCAGGGCAGACAUUUUACCAACUGACUUGUUGGAAAGGUGGCAUCCAAUGACGGUGCCUCGUUGAAAGUCACUGAGCUCUUCAGUAAGGCCAUUCUACUGCCAAUGUUUGUCUAUGGAAAUUGCAUGGCGGUGUGCUCGAUUUUAUACACCUGUCAGCAACGGGUGUGGCUGAAAUAGCCGAAUCCACUAAUUUGAAGGGGUAUACACAUACUUUUGUGUAUAUGGUGUAUUCACACCCCUUGACUUUUUCCACAUUAAAUUGCAAAUGUUUUGUCACUGGCCUAGACACAAUACCCCAUAAUGUCAGUGGAAUUAUGUUUUUGACAUUUUGACAAAUUAAUUUUAAAUGAAAAGCUGAAAUGUCUUGAGUCAGUAAGUAUGCAACCCCUUUGUUAUUGCAAGCCUAAAUAAGUUCAGGAUUAAAGAUGUGCUUAACAAGUCACAUAAGUUGCAUGGACUCACUCUGUGUGCAAUAAUAGUGUUUAACAUGAUUAUUGAAUGACUACCUCAUCUCUGUACCCCACACAUAAAAUUAUUUGUAAGGUCCCUCAGUCGAGCAGUGAAUUUCAAACACAGAUUCAAGCAGAAAGACCAGGGAGGUUUUCCAAUGCCUCUCAAAGAAGGGCACCGAUUGGUCGAUGGAUAAACAUUGAAUAUCCGUUUGAACAUGGUGAAGUUAAUAAUUACACUUUGGGUGGUGUAUCAAUACGCCCAGUCACUACAAAGAUACAGGCGUCCUUCCAAACUCAGUUGAGGAAAGAAACCGCUCAGGGAUUUCACCAUGAGGCCAAUGGUGACUUUAAAACAGUUACAGAGUUUAAUGGCUGUGAUAGGACAAAAUUGAGGAUGGAUCAACAACAUUGUAGUUUCUCCAAAAUACUAACCUAAUUGAUAGAGCGAAAAGAAGGAAGCCUGUACAGAAUACAAAAAUUCCAAAACAUGCGUCCUGUUUGCAACAAGCCACUAAAUUAAAACUGCAAAAAAUGUGGCAAAGCAAUUCACGUUUUGUCCUGAAUACAAAGUGUUAUGUUUGGGUCAAAUCCAAUACAACACUCCAUAUUUCAAGCAUAGUGGUGGCUGCAUCAUGUUAUGGGUAUGCUUGUAAUCGUUAAGGAAUGGAGCUAAGCACAGGCAAAAUCCUAGAGGAAAAACUGGUUCAGUCUGCUUUCCACCAGACACUGGGAGAUGAAUUCACUAUUCAGCAGGACAAUAACCUAAAACACAAGGCCAAAUCUACACUGGAGUUGCUUACCAUGAGGACAGUGAAUGUUCCUGAGUGGCCGAGUUACAGUUUUGACUUAAAUCUACUUGAAAAUAUAUGGCAAGACCUGUAAAUGGUUGUCUAGCAAUGAUCAACAACCAAUUUGACAGAGCUUGAAGAAUUUUGAAAAUAAUAAUGGGCAAAUGUUGCACAAUCCACAUGUGGAAAGCUCUUAGAGGGUUAUCCAGAAAGACUCACAGCUGUAAUCGCUGCCAAGGUUGCUCCUACAAAGUAUUGACACGGGUGUGAAUACUUAUGUAAAUUAUAUAUUUCUGUAUUUCGUUUUCUAUACAAUUGCAAAAAUGUCUAAAAACAUGUUUUCACUUUGUCAUUAUUGGGUAUUGUGUGUAGAUGGUUGAGAAAAAAAUAUAUUUAAAGCAUUUAAAUUCAGGCUGUAACACAACAUUGUGAAUAAGUCAAGGGGUAUGAAUACUUUCUGAAGGCACUGUAUGUCACUUAAAGGAAUACUUUUCUCAAAACCACAAAUUCCUAUGAUUUAUGUUAAAUAAUGCAAAAUAUGUGAACAAUAUAUGUUGUGAAAAAAUGUUGUGUUUUGUUGCUUCCUACCUUAUUAUAACAUGUGACAUGUGGGGGGGGGGGUGCAACUCAAUAUUAGGAAGGUGUUCAUAAUGUUUGGUAUACUCAGUGUACAUAGCUAUGAUGCGUUCCUACACUAUUUCCUGAAUUGACAGACCACUAGAAGUUAAAUCAUGGUGAAAAUUGUUAUUUGACCUACUGAUAGAACAUAGGCUUUCACCAAAUUGACAGGAGUUUCAUGAUUUCUAUUUCUGGGAGUAGAUUAUCCCUUUAAGACAACAACACACCGUACAGUAUAUCGAAAGACAACCCCCCCCCCCCACACACACACACACACACACACACACACACACACACACACAACCAGCUAAGGUGAGGGCAUUUAAACAGCACACAUCAUCUCUGGUUGUCACUAUUCACCCAUGCUUGUGUUAAACCCCUCUGACCUAAGCCCUCUCCACUCUGUCCAUUCCAGUUCCAGAACAUGAACAAUAUCAUCACCUUCCCUCUGGACAGCCUGCUGAAAGGAGACCUGAAAGGAGUCAAAGGG